UGGGCACAGGUGGGCGGAACUUGCGGGUGGCACUGCUGGGCACCGAUCAUCAGGGCACUGAUCAUCAGUGCCCUGAUGAUCGGUGCCGAUCCCCGCUCUGACAACUGCCGGUUCUCGGCAUGUGCCCUGAUGAUCAGUGGAGCCCCAUCAAUGCCACCUGCCAGUGCCACAUAUCGGUGCCCAUCUGAGCUGCCUAUCAGUGCCACCUAUCAGUGACAGUCAGUGCUGCCUAUCAGUGCCACCUAUCGGUGCCAGUCAGUGUCGCCUAUCAGUGCCAUAUAUGAGUGCUGCCUAUCAGUG